GGGAAGUGGUCUGUACAAACAUGAUACAGAUACAAACGUGACAGAAACGUGUUUAACAUCUCGACUGGAGCACAACAUUUGCAAAGAAAUCGACUGCAACACGGGAAACAGCAAGCUAAUCUGGCUAAUGUUAGCUGAAUCAUCGUAACACACAGUUGUCCCUUUGUGAAGUGGAUCUCUGGAGCUGCUGACAAGAAUAUUCAAAGAAGAAUAUAUCGAAGAGAUGCUUCAGUUUUGGGAUUAAAAAGAAGAUUGUCACGUGGACACCACAGUUCCAUUGAGAAAAAUAGACUUUUCUUCAUAGAACGUCUUACUACUGGGAAAGAUCAGAAUGAGAAGCCCGAUUUGUCAUUGUGACAACCUUACUUCCAUUCUUCGACGAUCCCGAGGACUCUUGUAUUCUAAUCUCAAAUGCUGACGGGAUAGAAUAUCAUACGCAAGAUAUACCUGAAAACCGUAGAGGAUUUAAACCACACGCCUUGUUUGUUUGUAAUGAGCACAUACAUUGUUUGCUAGCGAGCACCUUAAGGUUAGCUACCAUAUUAGCCUGAUAGCAAAAUAUGUCAGUUGUCUUUGCCAGAUAACUAGGGACACUGAUGGUUUGUUUGCAAAUCAGGAAUACGAACUAAAAUCAUGUAGUUUGUCAGAGUUGGCAUACGAGGGCCAUUGACACAAUACAAUGUUAGCUCUCCUUGGCUGGUGACUUGCUUACGAGUUAAUUGUAUCAUGAAAUGACAGCUGGACGCUGCCCAUUAUGUCACCUUGAUUGUCAAACAUGAAUAUCAGUAGUGUAUCGCAACAUAACAAGCCAAGGUGCUGGUAAGAAACGGAGCAUUGCUAGCAAAGCAAUGAUACAUUGCAGUGAGGGUCAUCCCAUCAUCGCGACGUCGAGUAAGAGUAUUCUAGAGGUUUUAUUGGACUGCAAAAUGCAUCGGUCCAUGUUCGUGUAAUCGGACCGUCUCGCUUGUGCCUGUUUCUGUUUAUGUGCAAUAGAACCUGUCUGCAGUGUGGAUUAUCUUGUAAUGAUAUUGAGAUUGGAAGUCAGAGAUUCAGAAUAGAAUAGAAUAUCUUUUCGUUCAAUGGCCAAAUAAUAUCAGUCAGCUCAGUGGAAACCGAGCAGCCAAGCAUUAUCAUUGAAAUAACGUGCUUAUUUACUCGGACACUGACUAAACAUGGAGACGGUGGGAGACUUUGAAUAUAGUAGAAAGGACCUAGUUGGACAUGGAGCCUUUGCCGUCGUUUUCAAAGGACGACAUAAAAAAAAGACUGACUGGGAAGUUGCCAUCAAGAGCAUUAACAAGAAGAAUCUCAGCAAGUCUCAGAUUCUGCUUGGCAAGGAGAUAAAGAUUUUGAAGGAGCUUCAGCAUGAAAACAUUGUUGCCCUUUAUGAUGUCCAGGAAACGCCAAACUCGGUGUUCCUGGUGAUGGAGUAUUGCAAUGGAGGUGAUCUUGCUGACUACUUGCAAGCCAAGGGGACCCUGCGCGAGGACACCAUGCGCAUCUUCCUGCAGCAGAUCGCCGCCGCCAUGCGCAUCCUGAACAGCAAGGGCAUCAUCCACCGCGACCUCAAGCCGCAGAACAUUCUGCUGUCUUACUUGGGCCGCAAGAAGUCUGGCAUCAGCGGCGUCCGGAUCAAGAUCGCUGACUUUGGCUUUGCACGCUACCUCCAGAGUAACAUGAUGGCAGCCACCCUGUGUGGAUCCCCUAUGUACAUGGCCCCGGAAGUGAUUAUGUCCCAGAACUACGAUGCCAAAGCAGACCUGUGGAGCAUCGGGACGGUCAUUUACCAGUGCCUGGUUGGAAAGCCACCCUUCCAGGCAAACAGCCCACAGGAUCUGAGGAUGUUCUAUGAGAAGAACAAGAACCUGGUGCCAAAUGUCCCGCGGGAGACGUCGCCUCCGCUGGCAGACCUGCUGCUGGGGCUGCUGCAGAGGAACCAGAAGGACCGCAUGGACUUUGAUGCGUUUUUCAGCCACCCUUUCCUGGAGCCGACGUCAGCCAUCAAGAAAUCCUGCCCGGUCCCCGUGCCCAACAUCCCUGGCUCCGUAACGGACAGCACCUGUGGCAGCUCUCCCUGUCGCUACGUCUCACCUCCUUCACUGCCGGACAUGCAGACCGUCCCGGAGGAUGUGCUGUCCUCCCCGCCCCUGGGUCCGCCCAACUACCUGCAGCUGUCCAAAGAGUCCGGCGGCAGCACCAGCAGCAAGAACUCCUCCUGCGACACGGACGACUUCGUGCUGGUGCCCCACCUCACCGGAGAGCAGUCCUACGACGUGCCCAUGGGAACAGCCGGCCGCCGGCCGUCCAGCGAGUUCCUCCUCUGUGGCGGGCAGCCGCAGGCCGCGUCUGGACAGCCCCCGCUGGUGUCGCCCCGGGCAGAGACCACCCCCAUCCCGGUGCCCACGCAGGUGCGCAACUACCAGCGGAUCAAGCAGAACCUCUCCAGCAGUCCCACCAACACCUUGUAUGGCUCACCCAGGUCGGGCACCGUGCGGCGCUCCAACACCAGCCCCAUGGGGUUCCCCAAAGUGGGCUCCGGCUCGCCUAGUUCUGCCGAGGUGACCCAGACCCUCGGCCGACGCCUUUCCACCGGGAGCUCGCGCCCCUACUCGCCUUCCCCUCUCGUGGGCACUAUCCCAGAGCAGCUGGGCCACUGUUGCUGUGGACACCCCCAGGGCCAUGAGGCACGCAGCCGCAGUUCCUCAGGAGGCUCGCCGUCCUCUCAGCUGCUGGGGACUCGUCUCCAGAGCGCGCCCAUGCUCACCGACUUCUACCAGAACAAGCAGAAGCUCCACAAGCAGCUGUCGGACCCUGUGCACCCCACCACGGCCGCCUACCCCACCAGCCACUCCCCGCAGCUGGGUCGCCCCAGCAACCUCGGGACCUCCCCCACCAAACACCUGGGCUCAUCUCCGCGCACCUCUGAUUGGUUCAUGAAGUCUCCUCUGCCCACCAUCAUUGGCUCUCCCACCAAGACAACGGCCCCCUUUAAAAUCCCCAAGACCCAAGCCUCCUGUAACCUCAUGGCGUUGGCCGACAGCCCCACCCCUCCCAAAUCCCUGAUGGACGUCCAUCACUGCUCCCCCAGCACUGGGGGGCGCCAGUCCGCACCAGAGGCCAGUAGGACCACCUUUGGCAGGUCUGUGAGUACGGGGCGGCUGUCGGAGCAGCCCAUUCGCAUCACCCUGGGGGGUCAGCAGUAUCAGGGCAGUACAGAUAGCCUGAACGCCGAGCGGCCCAUGGACACAGCCCCUGCAGGGUUGUGCGCUUUGCCCCACGGCGGGGCCAGUCCUCGCACCGUUCUGUUCACCGUGGGCUCUCCCCCCAGCAGCGGCACCCCUCCCACCUGUAGCCACCUGGGCACCCGGCCGCGCACAACCUCAGUAGGCUCCAACAGCUCGGCGGGCUCCCUGUGCUCCACCAGCGGCCGCGUCUACAUGGGCUCUCCCCCCGGCAUGGCCAUCGGCACCUCGCCCCCGGGGGCCGAGGCGGCGCCCAGCAGCGUCCGCUACGUCCCCUACGGCACCUCGCCGCCCAGCCUGGACGGCUUCAUCACGUUCGAGGCCCCGGAGCUGCCCGAGGAGACCCUCAUGGAGAGAGAGCACACGGACACGCUGAUGCACCUGCGCAUGAUGCUGUCGUUCACCGACUGCGUGCUGGAGAUUGCGGCGGUGCGGGCCGGGGGCACAGACCUGGGCGUCUCUGCGGCCUCGCUGUACCCCCAACAGGAGAGCGUGGUGGUCGACCAGAUUAGCCAGCUCAGCAAAGAGUGGGGGCAAGUGGAGCAGCUGGUGCUGUACAUGAAGGCAGCUCAGCUCCUGGCCUCGUCCCUGCACCUGGCCAAGGCUCAGAUUAAGUCGGCCAAGCUCAACCCCUCUUCCGCCGUCAAGCAGGUGGUGAAGAGCCUGAACGAGCGCUACAAGAGCUGCAUCUCCCUGUGCCGCCGCCUCACCGACAAACUCAACCACUUCUUCUCGGACAAGCAGCGCUUCGUGGACGAGAUCAACAGCGUCACGGCCGAGAAACUCAUCUACAACCACGCAGUAGAAAUGGUGCAAGCGGCCGCCCUGGAUGAGAUGUUUCAGCAGACGGAGGACAUUGCUUACCGUUACAACAAAGCGGCGAUGCUUUUGGAGGGGCUCUCCAAGAUUCUGCAGGACCCCGCAGAUAUUGAGAACGUUGCAAAGUAUAAGGCCAGUGUGGACCGGCGGAUCUCGGCUCUGUGUUACUGCACAGUCACACUGUACGAGUAGCAGAGAUGCAGCCGCCCCUGAGAGAUGAGACGGACGCCUGCUCUCCCUCUCUCUGGACAGGGACCAUUCUCUGGUGCACUCACAGCAGCCAGAGGACAAGCCCACAUUCUUCUCGUUUGUAGCAGUUCAAGCACUUUUUUUUUCUUUCCUUUUUUUUAAAACUUAGACUUUGUUUUUAGUGUGUGUGUGUGUGUGUGUGUGUGUGUGUGUGUGUGUGUGUGUGUGCACCCACCGCCCCCCCUCUCCAAAAAAUGUCAUAGAAGUAUAUUCUUUUUUGUUAUGGCACAACGGACUCAUUUGCUUGUGCAGGAGAUGCACAGGUAUACUACCAAAGAUGAAGACGACAGCAAAGAUGGUGACUUUUUUUCGAAAGAGAGAGAGCCAGAGGACUGGCACAUGAAAGAAGUCGUCUCCUUCACUUUCAGAAACUUUCCUCAUCUACUAAAGAACUGGUGAGAAGAAUUCACCAGAACUGGUCCGAGAAGGAAAAAGAAGAUUGACCACAACUUUUAGCUUUUUUUUUUUUUUUUUUUUUAAUUUUGUCUCUUUUUAUCAUCGGAAAAUUCCGCAAACUGAAAUGCGAGGGAAAUGCAACACAGACUCAAAUCUCAUGAUCAAGACUCAAUGUUUUAAUGCAAAUCACCUUAUAUGUUAUACGUAUUGUUUUUACAUUGUACCUUAUUCUGUUGCCAUUAUUUAUUGGUGUUGGUAAAGGUAUGCUGUGGGUAAAUGUUGUUACCUGGUCAGAUUGAUUUGCUUUCCUGCAAGACAGGAAACCGUGUGCUUAUCUGACCCUGCAAAAUCAAUUAGCUGCCAGACAGAACUACACAACACAACACACCACAACACAACACAACACAACACAACUCAACACAAUACACACAUACAUACAGUCACAAGCACGCUCUCCAACAGACAUGCUGAAAUUGAAAUGCACACCAAAUGCACUAAACUCUCACAGGCACACAUCAUCAUCAUCACAGCAGCAACUCUUAGGAGCAGAGGAACCUGUAGAUUUGUAAUUAGCCCUCUUCAUUGUUUUUACACAGAAGCACUUUAUUAAUGAUAAAUGAUGUAUGAUAUACAUAUGUAAUAAAAAAAACACAGAGGAUACUUUCCCUGGAAAGAUUGGGAAUGUGAAGGCUGCGAGCUGAUUGGCUGGUGGAGCGGGGAGAGGACUUCUGAUCCUGGUGCUCCCUCCUUGCCUUCUCCAGCAUCUCUCAGCUCUCCCUCUCAUUGCCAGAUGGCCUGCAUAAGCGCUGCCACACAGAGCAGAUGUAUACCCUCAGCCCACUCUUACACGUCAUCCAUAUCACUGGUGUGGUGGUCUGAGACGAACACAAUACCUUGGAGCUCAGUGAAUCUAAGAGGAAACAUGCGGUCAUCUUUUUCUGUGGUUGGGAUGGAUGAUGAGCAGGUUUCUCAUGGGGGGCUCAGACAAACAGACAAACAAACUGUCAAACAAAAAGCGUGGUCAAAAUACUUGAGUAGUUACUUAAAAGAAAACUGAAACAUGCUUUUUAAAAAACAAACAACAAAAAAAAAACAUUUAAAAAAAAUCUGUAUUAAUACUGUAGCUAAUUUUUGGAGACAAUUUUGAUGUUUGCAACUUGUGUACAUAUUUGUAUGUUGUGCAUGUGGUUGGUUUUUCCCUUUUUUUUGUUUUCUUGUUUUCUUGAGUGAGUGCGUGAGAGCACAGCGUGAGACUGGAAGUGGCAAACAGAAACAUUGGUAGCCACCUCUCACACAAAGAGUACAAUGUUUUUAUUUCACUUUGUUGUUGUUGUUAUUUGUUUUGUAUGGAGAUUUGAUAUCUACCCUUGUACUGCCACGGGUUUUGCUCAAACUCAGAGGCCAACACGUAAGGGAGAUACCUCUGGCUCAACAGCAUGGCAGCUUUAAACCAUCUCCUCCUGUACUGCGACUCUUUUGCCUGAGAUGCAGGAUGAGAUGACCUUUUCAAAAAAACAAUUCUCAAAAUAGUCAGUAUCAUGUGAAGCCGGGCACGAUUACCCAGCAUGCACCUGGAGUCCGCCCCCUCCCGUGGAUGCUGGCGCGCCACGCUCACUUAUUGUAUUACUAUGAUGGCACCUCUUGGGUGUGUGUAAGGCCAGUGACGUGAUGAGACGUCUUGAGCACAUCUAGUGCUUUAGAUGGUAGUGCUCUCACAUUGUACAUGUGUGAAUAAAAGCCCUGAUGUCCAUUUUGCAGACCUGGCUGUGGUGGGCCUCGGGCCCUGAAGUGGUGUACUGUACGCUCAGUAGACAUAUCAGAGCUCCUGUGAUAUGACUCUUCUGUCCAACCCUUAUGAGCGCCUGUGCGCUUUAUAUAAUAAUAAUAAAAAAUAAAAAAAGCCUUUGCAACAACACAGAGAGAAGUAUGUCUUGCUCUGUGCUUUUUAUUCUUAUGUAAUUUUACCAAAUCCUUGCAUAUCUCUGUAGUCAUAGACCACACUCCUACCUUGUAUGAGUCUGAGGGGAUUGGUGUACAGAGGAUGUAGUAUAAUAAACCGUUGGUACUGAGCACAUGUCGUACCCGUAGAGUUUGUAGAAUGUAUUAACCCUGUCAUUAUAGCGCCUUCCCUGCUCCAAUUGAAUGCGUAGUUACCUAUGGUCAUGGUAAGAGUCUGACAAGACCAUCCAAUGCAACUGAAUUUCUAAGCUCCUGUUUUCAA